GUCAACAGCUAAAGGGGAAAAAAAAACUCUUGUCCUCAUACAAGAAGGAGACCAAGUCAAACAGAAACCAGACUGGGGGGUUUCGCUUCAAAGCCAGCUGGUCUGGCUUUACGGUACAGGAAUUUUUUUACCUGUCAAGAGUUUUGAUCUACGAAACCCUCAGCAGGUGCUGUAGGGUACAACUUCCUGGAGAAGCAGGGCACUGGUAAGUUUUUUUUUUUUUAAUUUUUCUUGUUAAAAGUACUUUUGAAGAAAUCGCUUCCAACAUUUUCAAGGGGCGUGGGUCUAUCCAAUGCACUAUGGGCAGGCAAAGGGAUGGGGACCCAGAGUGUUAAAAGGAAAAUGUGUUUAAUAGUAAUUGUUGACUUUUAUAGAAUAAUUAUCAUAUUGAACUUUUAUGUCCUGUGAUCAAGAAAUGAAUAAAACUCUAUUUUUGUCACAUGUAACGAUAUAAGGCAGGUGCAUAAAGAUGCACAUAUCACUUACAAUGUGUCUCGUGUUUCUUGAGUUGAUUGGGAUCAAUGUACACCUUUAACUAUGCAAAUGCUGUUAUUUAUAAAUUAGUAUGAGUUUGUCUGGCAUGUGUUGUUUACUCUUUGAGUUGAAAUGUUUAUUUAUUGUCUAUGGAUUUUGUUCUUAAGUGCUGUUUUACUGACAGUGGAAGAAAAAACAUUUGGCAAACAGGAUAAAGUUAGAAAUUGCAUAAAUAUGAUGUGUGAUUAUGUUAUAUUUGACAAGCGGACCUUUUUAUUAUUUUUUUUCAAGGAUAUUUUGGCUUCAUGGAACAAUAGCAAUUUAAUUGUUAUAAAAGCAAGAAAAUAUGACAUGUCACGAGAAAGCGAAAAAAAAAAUCAUUUUUUUGAACCCUUUUAACUUCACAGAGUGCCUUUAAAGACAUCUGGAUUGGAUUAAAAACUUUUUUUUUUUAAUUGAAAUGCUGCAAACAAAUGUUGCUAUAAAUAUAAAUCUACAAAUGUAACCCAUUUUGUGAAGCCCACUUUAAUACCAAUAUAUAAAAAUUACGCAUUGUCAUUUACUACCCAUAUAAGUAGACUAUAUUUGGUGAUCAAUACAGUGCAAAAUUUCUAUUGUAGUAUUUGUUUCAAAAUUGGCUGCACUAAUAAUUUUCUUGUUAAUCUGAUUAAUGGAAUCCACUUGAUUUAAUAAAAUUUAGUUUAAAGCAGUAAGCACAGUGGGGUGCCGCUGUACCUUUGUAUACUUACUUUGCCUACUUCGGACACAUUGUUUAUAUUUUAAAAUGAUUUAAUACAAAAAGUGAAUUGAAUAAUAAGAAAUAUUUAGCCUGUCACUGCAGUAUGCAUAUUAACCCUCCGUGUGCCAGAGCAAGUCAUUUUACCUGGCACUCAAAGCGUCACUAAACAGGGAAUUGUGAAUAGUAGAUCAAUUAAACAAAAGACAUCAGUCAUACAGUCAUAUGACCAAUAAUUUAUCUAUUUUCUCGUCAUUUAGUAAACUUAAUACUCCCACUUUGUUAAUAAAACAAAAAAUUAAUAAGCACUUCUAAACUCAUAUUAUGAAAUUAGGUUCUUUUUUUUUUUACCAACAUCCUAAUUCCAUGUUAUAUUUUUAAUGGUUUUAUGCAUUAUCCAGAGACAAAAAAAAACCUUGCCAUUAUCAUUUGUACAUUAAUUCAAUAUAAUCGGAGACAUUUUGUUUCAUCCAUUUCAGUUAAGUGCUAAGAGCAUGAAAUAACAUACUUUAGAUAGUGAUGGACAGGCGAUAUAAUGCAAAAAACACAACAGGCCAGAUUUAUCAACACAAAAUAGCCGCAAAAUGCUAAAUGUUAAAAAGCAUCCCAUUAGUUUCCAACGUGAUUGAGCCAUAUUUAACAAUUUGCCCCAGAAUAGCAUCUCUAUUUGCUUUGAUAAAUCUCCCCCAAUAAAUAUCAAAAUAAUUGUAGAUAACUCACUUUAACAUUAUCACUGGUGAGCUGAAAGUAAGAGCUUGGUGUGAGUGACCCUGUCAUGAGGUUGCAAUGUGUAAGAGCACAGCACGUUGAGUGUAGAUAUCCCCCAAAACUUUCCAUCCUAACUCGUCCUAACCAUAGCGGUAGCAUUAUAAACACGCAAGUACUGUAAUAAAUUUCAAAUAUCAUGCCUUUACUGCAUGACAACUUUUUUAAACAACACCAUUGUGGAGAGACAAUUACAUCUAAAUAAAUAUAAUGACACCAGUUAUUGUUUUAUGUACUUAACUGCUUCUAUAUUAGUUUAAUCUUUCGGGUGCUGCAGUGCUUAGGACAAAUCUCUAGUGUGGAAAGUUACAAAGACAACUGAUUGUGUACCACAAAAUAAGGUUAAAUCGAUGUAUGGUUGACAAAUAACUGCUGACGUGCCACCAUAUGAAUAAGAGAAAAUUGUUAAGUUAUUAUUUUUUUCCUAAAUAAAGAAAGAAAGAAAAUUCUGUUAUGUGUCCUUAAGGGGUUAAACUGUCCCAUUUUAUUUUUCACGUGUAAUUUAAAGGGUAAUAAUCAGAAAGUGGUGCAUUUCACUUUGUCUGUUGAAGUGUUUGGCAGUGGUAUGUUGAGGUGCUAUAUACAAUCUCUGUUGAUUGUAUAAGUUUUACUGUGUGGGAAAAAAUUGCUAGAAAAGUUAUUUUGUCUGUUAGUCUUGUUGUUUCCUACUCACUAUAGUUUCAAUGGAGAGCUAUUGCCUGAUGGUAACAUUUCUGCAGUAAGGUUUUAAUACAGAUUAGUACCCAAACAUCACAGUCCAUUAUUUAUGGACUACAAGUAGAGUUCAGGUCUAUAUGUAUUAGCUAUAAGUAGAUUUAGAAAACACAUUUUCAAGCUUAGACCGGUCCCUUCUUAAAGUUAAAGGGGAACUAUCACUUCCCUGGAUUUUAAUAUUAUGUUAACCAGGGCCAGACUUACCCUCCUUGCUGCCUCAAGGCCUGUUUCCCCAAUACACCCCAUAUAUAUAUAUAUAUGGAGUUGUGUAUGCGGGGGAAGCUGCUUGUAGGGUUGCGUGCAUGAGGGAGAUGCUGCUUGUGUGGUUGCAGGUUGUGUGCUUAUAGGGCUGUUUGAGGUGUACUAUGUGCAUGGGUAUUUAAAUAGGGGCUGUUUGUGGAUAGGGGCUUUUAAAUGGGAUAUUGGCUUUAGUGUGUAUUUGUGUGUAUGUUAAAUGGGAUUGUGGCUUUAGUGUGUAUAUGGGAGGAGAUUGCCUUUUUGUGUGUUGUUGAGGAAAGCGGUUGUAUAGUGUGUGUUUUGGGAAGACAUAUGGGACUGUAGAGUGUGUGUGUUUGUGGGGGGGGAUUUGGGUUGUAGAGAAUGUGUGGGGGGAUCAGGUCUGUAGAAUAACUGUGCAGGGAAUAGGGGUGGUAGAGUGACAUUUUGGGUAAUAGGGACUGUUAUGUGUGUGGUGUGGGAGGCAGUGGCUGUUAUGUGUGUGUUUAGAAGGAGAGGGACUGUAGUUAAGGAAAAAGGGGUAUAGGUGCUGGAGUGGGGAGAUAGUGGCUGUAGCGGGAUGAUAGUAGCCGUGAUGAGGGACAGGGGCUGUGCUGAGGGAAUAAUGGUUAUAGUAGGAAGAUAGAGGCUGCAGUGGGAGGAUAGGGGCUGUGGUUUGUAGAUAAGGGCUGUGGUGAGUGGACAGUGCCAGUGGUGAGGAUACAGGGGCAGUAGUGGGGAACAGGUACUGUUAGGGUGGGUGACAGGUGCUGUUGUGGUGGGGUAGAGGCUGUGGUUUCAAUUCUUCUCAGUGAAAUGAGCAGUGAAGGUCAUAGCAGUCAAGCUUGUAGGAGGAAGAGCAAUGACAGGGUAAAGUAGAGAGUUAAAAGUUUUAGGCAGGCAUUUGAGUUCUUGGUAGAGCAUGAUUAUGGGGGUAUAUUGUAGUAGUUUGCUUAUGCCAAACUGUAAGAGACUAGCAUUAAUUUAUAGUGGACUUAUAGUGAAGUCAGAUGCUUUUCCAGCUGUGAUCAGAAAUUCGGGAGCAUUUUAGAAGGUAGCAGGUAGCAGGUCAGUUUAGUGUGCCAAGGUUGUAUGGUCACUUAAAAAGUUUAAAUAUAAGAGGUGCCAUGAUAUUUAGUUCAGAGGAGAGGGAUGAGUUGAAGAGGUAGGUUGCAGAGCUAGGGCAAGUGAUGUUUAACAUAGGUAAAAGGACAGUUUGAUGGAGAAUUGCUGUAGGCCAAGACAAUGGAGGUUUCUAUGAGAUUAAAGUACCAAGUGGUAUGAUUUGGGUACGGGGCUUGCCUAUGUCUCUGAUCAGCAGAUGGUAGACAGAUGGAACAUUGCAGAGAGUGCCAGUACACUGAGAUCAAGAGUGUUUCCAGUUGUAUGAGCUGCUGAGUUAGACCAUUUCAUGAGACCAAAGAGGAGGCUACAGAGAGCAGUUGAGAGACAUCAGAGAUCUUAGGGUUGUUGAUUGGGAUAUUAAAGGACCACUAUAGGCACCCAGACCACUUCAGUUUAAUGAAGUGGUCUGGGUGCCAGGUCCAGCUAGGGUUAACCCUUUUUUUUAUAAACAUAGCAGGGUUAAUCCAGCCUCCAGUGGCUGUCUCUUGACAGCCGCUAGAGGCGCUUGCGUGCUUCGCACUGUGAAAAUCACAGUGAGAAGACUCCAGCGUCCAUAAGAAAGCAUUGUGAAUGCUUUCCUAUGGACUGGCUGAAUGUGCGUGGCUCCUGCUGCGCAUGCGCAUUCUGCCGAAGAGGAGGAGAAGAGGGAGGAGAUGAAGAGGAGAGCUCCCCGCCCGGCGCUGGAGAAAGAGGUAAGUUUAACCCCUUCCUCUCCAUCCACCCCAGCGGGAGGGGGACCCUGAGGGUGGAGGCACCCUCAGGGCACUAUAGUGCCAUGAAAACGAGUAUGUUUUCCUGGCACUAUAGUGGUCCUUUAAGGUCCACAAGCAUUGGAGAGGGAAUGCUAGAAGAGAGGAAGUGGCAUUGUUUCUUCUCUUAAAUUGUGUUGUACCAUGUUUUCUCUUUAACAGCAUUUCCUUAGUCAACAUCACUGAUUAGACAGAUUUAAAAUAACAUAUACAGUAAAAGGUCCUACAUGAGCUAAUCUUACUGCUUGCACUACACAAUUACAGACAUAGAUUUUGCGCUAUCUGGUGAACUAAGAAAGUAUAAUUUAAACAAACGACUACAUAAAUGAAAUAACUAACAAGAACUAAAAUUAAUCAAAACAAAAUAUUGUCAAAGGACCCACCAUGAGAUUAGAGGUGGCUUCAUACUUACAAAGCCAUCCAGCCUACUAUCUCCCCAACUCCUCCAAAAGUGCCCAAACCUUUGUGAAGGGUUGUGUGUUAUUAUGGACCAUGGCUGUCAAUUUAUCCAUUAGUUAGUUAUGGGCUAUGUUGGCCUUUACAUCCUCCAUAGUAGGCACAUGUGCCUGUAACCAGCUCGCCCCCAUUGCCCUUUAUGCAACAUAAUUUUGAUUAGUAAUUACUGAGAGCGCAUUGAGAAACAAUCAAUGAGUUUGGAAAACAGAAAUACCCCAAAAUCCAUCUUGAAUGGUCUCUGGAAAAUUUGUGACAGAAGUCUUCCUAUACUGUCCUUUGAGGGGGCAGUCCCACCACAUGUGUUUGUAAGUUCCCUUACUCCCACAAUGCCACCAGCAGAGAAACUAGGUGUUUUUCCCAUCAUUGAGUUGACUGGUGUGGUAUACCAUCUAAUUAAAAUUUCCACCACCCAGAGCUUGUAUUAUAGAAAGAGCCUUAUUAAAUCAACUUGGCAGAACAAACAGAUGAAGGGUGCAGCAAAUAAAAAAUAACUACCCCACUUUUUAAACUGUUUUAGUUCAUUAGGCUUUUUUCUUCGGCAUGGCAGUUUUGGUCUAUAAUAAACCCUUUUGUGUAGAAAAUAGGGCUUUUAAUCAUCCACCAGCAACACAAUGCGGGGCUACUUGUCUUUUGUAUUUCUAUUUUUAACACAGUACACUUAAUCAUUUAUUUAUUUUACUUUUCUUAUUUAUCCCCACAGUAAUUGCAAACUUGCAGUAGAAUAUAGAAAAACAAUUAGAAAAGAAUUUCCGAGUAGUUUAGUGAAGGUUGGAAUUGCAAAGUUAAUUAAAUAUGUAUCCAUAUUCAAAGGAUGCAACUAUUGGUAACCAGGGCACACAUUAUAUUCUACCAUCCUUAAACUAUAUUUUUCCAUUAUUAACUAUAUAUUAUUUUAGUCUAAAAAUUAACUUAUUUUGCUUGUAUAACAGAACAUUAGGGAAGAUGUUUCAUGUUCAAAAAACAGUGAAUUAUAAUAUUAUAAUGUUAUAUCAUAGUAUACACUCUGUGGGAGCUGGGAGUGACACCACAAUGUCCCACGAAGGAAUGCCUUGUUUUACUGGCAUCAGUAUUCAGAUUUAUUAUAAACUACCCUCAUGCUCCCAAUAAUCCCACAUGGAAAUAAGCAUGGGGGUUUUCUUCCCUAGUAAAUUGCACAUAAAAUAACAAUUUAUAUAACUCUUCAACCAAUUACAAUUAGCUUAAUUGUUAAAGUGUUUAAAGUCACAUAAAUUGGCUAUGAUUAUUACGUUUUUGCACAUUUUUAUUCUUUUUUUAAAAUUGUUUUGCAGUUGGUUUUGUAGAGGGUUUUUUUAUUCCAUUGUUUUUUUAAGUUUAUGAAUUCCUAUUUGAAAUAGGAAUAGGUUAAAUAUGUAUUGUCAUUGUUUGACAAUUCUGGAUUUAGUUUUAGUUAAUUUUAUGUUUUAGAUAAUUUUAUGUAAAUUAAAUUUGAGAAAAUGGUUAAAGAAGACACUCAUAAAACCCUAUAUAUAUCAGCGUGAAGAGCAUAGAAGUUUAGUUUAGUUUUAAUCUACAUAGAUCAAGAGGAAUGGGCAUUACCAGCACAUGACUUGGAGGGUAUGAACACUGUGUAUGAGCUUUUUGUUCAAUCCUUGGUAUAUGUCCACCUUCUUGUGUUCCUUCUUCCUGAUGUUAUGGUCACUGGGUAUUGCCACUUCCACCACCACUGCAAUCGUCCAUUCCUUGUCUACCACCAGAAUGUCAGGUUGGUUGGCCACUACUUGCAUGUCUAUCAGUAUCUGAAAGUCCCACUGGAUCUUAGCCCUGUCAGUCUCAACUACUCUUUGCAGUAUCUCCGAACUGGAUUUAGGGAGGUCCAGUUCAUAUUCUGUGUAGAUAUUUUGGUACAGAAUUUCAGCAACUUGGUUGUGCCUCUCAGUGUAUGAUGCCCCUGCUCACUUCUUAAACAUGGCUACUAUACACCAGAUUGUCUCAGAGGCCUUUUUGCACAGUCUACCUCUUGGUUCUUGUCUGGUGUGGUACUGGGUGCCUUUUCCUGUGCUGCUAGGAUUAGUGCCUGCAUUUUCAUACCACUGAUAGGACUUUGUAUUGUGAAUCACAUCCACUAUCUGAUGUACCACCAGACCCCAUGAAGAGCUUUGUCUUGCCACUGAACCUCCUACUUUUCUGUAUCCUCUAUGCAUUGUUCUCUCAGGCAUUCCCUUAGCAGUUCAUCUUAGGGACCAACUUCUUGAUGUACUUGUGGAUGCUCUGUGUUUCAACCAGGAUUGUGGCCUUGACACUCAUCAGGUCCCUGCCUCCUCCCUUCCGGCUGGUGUACAGUCUUUAGGUGCUGGAUUUUGGGUGGAAUAGUCAGUAGUAUCCAGGUCUUGACUAUUAUGGUGUCCAGCACUUUUUUUGGCCAGAUUAUUGUUUUUAGCUGAGUACCUAAUGACUAUUAGGGCAUUUGUGUUUAUGGCUUGGAUUUUGUUCUUGCCACUGAGCUGGGACUUCAGGACCCGUCUAACUCUCAAGAGGUACUUGGAUGUUGCUAACUACCUUGUCUCUUCCUCGUGGUUACCAUGUGUUUGUCAUAGGUAGGUAGGUACCCCCAGGUACUUGUAGCUGUUCUCUACAUCACCUAUUUGACCUUAUGGUACUUGAACUCCUUCUGUCCUGAUCAUCUUCUCUUUUUUUGCUAUCAUCCACCUACACUUAUCUAGUCCAAACAACAUUCCGUAUAUCCUAGUUAGGUGUAUUAGUGAGUCAAUAUCCUUCUUAUUCUUGGCAUCCAGCUUGAUGUCAUCCAUGUAGAGUAGGUGGCUGAUGGUAGCUCCAUUAUUGAAUCUGACUAUGGGGUGUAAGAAUGGUAUCCUUGCUGUAUAUCCUAGUUGGGUGGAUCAGUAAGUCAAUGUUCCACUCAUUCUUGGCAUACAGCCUGAUGUUGUCUAUCUAGAGAAGGUGGCUGCUGGUAGCUCCACUCUUGAAUCUGUGUCCGUAUCCACUCUUCUUGAUGAUCUGGCUAAGGAGGUUGAAGCCUAUGCAGAACAGCAUUGAGGAUAGCACAUCACCUUGGUAUAUGCCACAUUUGAUGUUUACUUGUGUUAUUGUCCUGGAAUUGGCUUCUAGAGUUGUUUUCCACUUGCCCAUCAAGUUCUUGAUGAAGGCACUUAUUGUCUUGUUGACCAUGUAUAGAGCCAAGCAUACCAGUAUCCAUGUAUGACGAAUUGUGUCAUAGGCUUUCUUGUAUUUAAUCCAGGAUGUGCACAGAUUGGUCUGUCUGGUAUUAGAAUCCUGUGUGACUGCUUGGUCUACCUGCAGUUGAUGUUUUGAUCCUCUGGAGUUGUUACUUUGAGUAUUGCUCAUAUACUGACUCAAAUACCCAUUGGUCUUGGAGGCUAUGAUGCCUGACAAGAUCUUCCAUGUUGUGGAGAGGCAAGUGAAACAAUAUACACACUAAUGUGUGUAUUAAUGAAAGCAAUAAUUCAGAUACUGCUGCUUUCAUUAUCUCUUUUUGCAAACUGAUCAUUUGUUUAGCUGUGACAUUAUUACCCUAUGGUUUUAGUUUCCUGUAGCAAUGCAUACUCUCAUUGUAGUCUUUGGAAUAAAAGACAGACUAUCUACGUCAUCUCAGCUGCAGUAAAUUACAAAUCCCAUAAUGCUUUGCCAACAAACCAGUGAGUAUGCUUCAAAAUAGUAUCCGCAAAUCAUCUAACUUUAACCGUGACUACUGAGUUGACGCUUGGUUGCUCUCGGUUUAUUACUGUAAAUAUAUCUAUACUGCAAAGCUAGGAAAAGCUGUAAUGUACUAUAUAUGAUCAUACCUUGUGCAAGAAAUAUUCCCAUAUAUACUCUUCAAUGGCUUCCUAUAACAAAACAUUCAGCUCUAGUUUUCACCACCCCAUCACGGUACUUACUCUUACUACUGCAUUUGGGAUAAGAAGGUCUCUUCUCAAAUAUUAACUUAUAAUUGGUCUCAGCAAGUUUUGGUGUCCAUCUCAUAACCUCAUUCGAUUUUCAAGGCUAACGUGCUUCCUCACGUAACAAGUAUCUUUAAAUCUCUUUAAAUUCUAAAUUUUAUUGGUUUCCCUAUUUAUAGUUAUACUCUCAAAAUAAAAAAAAAUAAACACUGACAAGUCUCCCACUUUUUUAGAAGAACUAUGUCUGUCAUUAAUUCACCAAAGUCUUCAGACAAACUAUGGUACAUGCAAGAAGUACAAUAAAUUGUGGUUGCAGAUUAUCUAAAACCAAAAAUAAAGGUAGCACAAAACAUAAUAGCACCCACAAGAUAUCAUGAAUAUAUAUCGCUCACUGGUGCCUCCCGUCAAUGUAGGUGGGGAAUGAUGAUAUCCACACCUCCUGUUCACCUUCUUUCAGCUUCUACUUGUGCAAUAAAUUGAUUGCUUCUAUUUACUGAGAAACAGGUAUCAAGGUAUAGUGGUACAAAUGUAUUCAAAAUUGAAUGGUAUUGUUUUUUAUGUAAUAUUUAAUGCAUUUAUACCACUCCGCCUUCAUGACUGUGUCAGAAUAAAGUGAAACAAUCAUUUUAUUGCACAAGGAGAAGGUGAACAGUAGGUGUGGAUACCAGCAGCCCCCCGUCUACAUCGAGGAGAGACAGACAUACACACACAUGCACACUGACAAACAUACAUACACACACUCACAGACACACACUGACAGAUAUACACACACAGACUCACUGACAGGCAGACACACACACACUGACAGGCACACACACUGACAGGCACACACACACACACAUUCCCCCACUCAACAACACUCACAGAUUAUUUUUUUAAAUUUUAAUUUAAAUCCACCCAGCCUCCUUCCUUUGGGAGAGCUGGGUGGAUUUUUUACCUGGGGUCCAGUAGGGCUGCUGGCCGGCUUGUUGGGCAGGCAUGCAGGCAGUCAGGUGGCUAGUUGAGGUCCAUGCGGCUAGAGACGUCACAUUCCGGCUCUCGGCAUCACUCUGUGCCCACAAGGGAGCUGAGCAGGGAGAGCUCAGAAAUCAGCGCUCCCUCGCCUGGAUCCAACUAGCCGCCUGCCCCGAUUCUAACAAUGCAUUUGCGUGGGCAUUUGAGGGUGGCGUUUUUGCCGCCCCCUGGAAAGUGACGCCCAGGGCAAAUGCCUUGUGUGCCUCACGGCAAAUACAGCACUUCAUAAUAUACUGGUACAUUUGUUCAAUCCAACUAGAAAACUCAACUCUCUCAAUCUCCGACUUCAAGAAAACACACAGUGAUGAAGCACUGAUAUCAUCCAUCUUUGAAGAUGUGGUGGGUGUUCCCAUUCAUCCAAUCUUUGUUGAGAGAGAUCUCUUGUUUAAACUGUGGUAGAUACUGAACUAUGCCCAUUAGUGACAUUAUCGGGUGAAAAAAUUAAGGGUCCCAGAAAGGUCAGCAAUAAGUUGAUCUAUCUAGUAUUUAUGGUGGCCUCUUGCUGUUUAGCCAGGAAGUUGAAGGCAGUGCUCUCCAUUUUCUCACGUGUCCUAUAGAAAUGUAGUUAAUUUAUGAAAUGGGUUCCAUUAUGGUCCAGAUUUUUAGACCAAGGACUAGUGAUGUCCCGAACUGUUCGCCGGACUCCAGUCAGCAGACACAUUCCAGCCAAUCAGCAGCAGACCCUCCCUCCCAGACCCUCCCACUUCCUGGAUAGCUCACUAAGAAUGCAGCUUCAAAAUGGAUGCUGUCCAGGAGGUGGGAGGGUCUGGGAGGGAGGGUCUGCUGCUGAUUGGCUAGAAUGUGUCUGCUGACUGGAGUCCGUGGCGAACCGUUCGUGGCGAACCGUGGCGAACCGUUCGUGAACUGUUCGGCGAACAGUUCGGGACAUCACUACCAAGGACCAGUUUAACAUUAUGUAAUGGGUGUAGGUAUUAUACUCAUCUUUUAGUCAAACAAACAUAUCUGAAGAGUAGGGGAUGAAAGGACCCUGGCAUUAAGAGUCAAAGGAGGCCUCUCGGAAAGCCUAGAGCUUAACUUGGUUGAUUUAAUUUGGUUGAGAGUUACGACGUCUGCUCUGGCUAUGAUUAUAUUUCAUAAGUUUUCCAUGCACAAUCAAGAGUAAGACAAUGUCUGGCUGAAUCCCUAGCUCAUUUUUAGAGGUGGCUUUUUCUACAUUACUUUUUUAUUGACCCUUUCUCAUACAGCUAUUGUCAACAAAGCAAAAGAGGUUGCCAUCUAGGAAAGCCCUAGAGGGAAGUUGUACAUUUAAGGCUUUAAGUGUUUUUUUAUUUAUAUAUAUAUAUAUAUUUUUGCUGCUCACACUGUGUGGUGUAGUUCAUACAUAUAUAUUGUCAACCACGACAGGAGAUAUUUUCCAUUUCUCUCAGUGCGUAUGCCCUUAUCUAUAGUUACUCUUCAUACUGUAGGCACAUGGGCGUCCUUAUACGAGAAUUAGUGUUUUGUUUUAUUUUUUCUACUUUCGCACAUUCUUUCUUGCCUGACACAGUCUUAAGAGCUUUCUCUUUUGGCACAUAUGAACUUAUCCGAAGGUCCUAAGGGAUACAUUAUCUUAUGCUUUAAACUGUGGUGGAAUUUUUAUUCUUUAUGUACCUUCUUUCCAUUGGUGUUUGGAGGUUGAUUACAUUUUUAUUUUAUUUUUUUUUAUUUAUUUUUUUCCUCCCUCUCUAGGGAUCUUGAGCUGCCCUCCCACUACCUUGAUGAGAUGUAUAUACAACCGCUUAGAUUAAUGCUUGUUUGUUACAAAAUGUAACCCCUUCAUGGCCAAGUUAUUUUCAUUGCAAAAAUCCUUACUGUGUGAAGCACAAGAUGUAUGACUAAGACACACAUGUUGGAUAAACCAGUUUGUGUGUUCAAUUUAAGGUACCCCCCCCCCCAAAAAAAAAUAAGUUAAUUUAAAUAUUUUUAAUUUAAGAAAAAUGCUGAAGAUAAAUAUGUUUUACAGAUAACAUGGUAUCCUAUAUGUUUCAGUAUUAGCAUAUAAGUUGAACUAUAGUUUUGUGCCAUGCAGUAGCAUGAUCAAGACAGAUAAUACUGGUGAAAUACCCUCCUUAUAAUAAUUUCACCCACUUAUAAUAAUUUGGGGGAUUCAUCCAUUGUAACAUUCCUACUAGAAUUUAAAACUAGUGUGUUUAUAUAGGGAUUUUGUCUCCAUGCAGUAAAAAUACAAAUACAGGGUAAGUUCUGAAAAUGGGAAUUCAAAGUGAAUUUCAAAUUUAAGAGAAAAAUAGUCAGCCAUACUUUUAGUUUAGCUAUUGUGGCCUCGCAUAUCAAAUUCACUUUUAGUUCAUUUUAAAUUCUCAUUUUAGUCAAUAAUCAUCGAAGUAUCUAUACUAUAUAUUGACAGCUUCUAUUGGAGCCUGCAGUUAGUCAUUUUAAUGUUCUUAGAGCCCUUCUUGGCUGCUUUUAUGCAGCCAUGAAGUUUGACAUACAAAGACAGCUGCAGAGAGAAACAAGGGAAAGUCAUUCACAGUCCCUGAGCUCUGGCAGAUAAAUUUGUUUAUACUGGUGAAAAGCAAUUUUGGGUGAAAGGGAGAAGGAAAACACAAAAAAAGCUGGGCUGUAAAAAAAUAAAAUAAAAAAGUUUGUAAAAUGCAAAAAAAAAAAAAUAAUAAUAAUUUUACUAUAGAGGCAUCAAUGGUAAAAAAAAAAAUAAUAAUUCCAAAGGCAUUGUAUGUACAAAGUACAAUGUUUAUUACUAAGCAGCUAGUUAUGGACAAGUAUAAACUGCCAUAUUGGCCUAAAUUUUGCAAGCUCUGGGAAGGGCACAAAUGAUUUAAUAUUUUUGGAUAAACCUUUUAAAUAAUUUUUUUUUAAAUGUUUCAAAUUUUCAUAUUUUGUUUGAUAUUUGCAAUGUUUUUAUAUAUUAUAGGUUUUGAUAAUUUAAUGUUUUUUAAAAAAAAAAUCUAUUUUAAAACAUUAAAUAAUUUCAAAAGCUUAUCCAAAUAUAUGAAAAUCAAGGCCAUGAUUAAGAAAUGUACUAGCUUUUAAUUUUAAUUAUUUUAAAUAUGGGGCUAUAUCUUUUUUCAAUUUGACAGUUUUUAUUGUUUUUGUCAUUUUUGAGACAUAUGGAACUUUGGAGGUACAGAAAGAAAAAAGGGGGGGAAGGGAAAAAAAAGGAAAAAAAGUAAGUCAUACAUUCCACGAUAUACAGUUUGUAGAUUGCCUAACACGUAUGUGAUUCGCCACUCGGCAUCUGCUCUUCAAGGGGACAUUAUAGAGAAUAGUUAGGUCUGUGCAGGUUAUUUUAACCCUUCAUCAUACGGGUUACCAAUGUGUCUCAUUUACUUCAUGCCUAUGGUGUAUCUGCCUGCUGUGACUCUCUUUGUGGCCUGCUUCCUUUGUGUGCUUGGGUGUUCAUUUUGCAACGUCUGUUGGGUUUCCCUCAUGUGACCCCCUAUCUCAACCCCUGGUUCACCUCCUUGAAGCUGUUGCUCUCUUUCUCGCCUCACUGUGUGCCCUUGUCUGUGUAUGCUCUCCACCUCUCUCCCACUUGACCUGUGUGUUUCAGUGGUCUUAUGUGUUUGCCAUCAUCUCGUACUUCCAGUUUGUGGAGAUUUGUUUCGGUAGAGCUUUUCUUGUUGGUGCCUGAGUCGAUUUCCACGCUCUGGCUAGGAGUGUUACUGCUGAAAUCAGCAGGUGGAAUAUCAGGCAUUCGUCUGUUUUCGUCAGUGUAUGUGGUAUCAUGAAUAAUAUGCUCUGUUCUAUGGUCAAUUGCCAUGGUUUAUCUAGUAGGUCUGUUGCUAUGUCCCUCACCAUUUUCCAGUAGGUCUUGAGCUGUGCACAGGACCACCACACAUGUUCCAUGGACCCCCCGACCUCCCCGCAUCUCCAGCACACAUUAGGGUGGUUCGGAUAUAUCCUGGCCAGUUUCUCUGGCACCAUGUACCACCUAUAUUGCAGCUUCCUAAUCGUUUCGAGAUGUGCCGUGCAUUGUGUAUUACCUUUGUGUAUUGUGAAUGCCCUGCACCAUUGGUCUUUGUCUAUGACAUACCCAAGUUCUUUGUGCCAUGCUGAUUGGAAUGCCAUGUCUGCUUCUGUCUUAUUGUCUAUGAGUGCUCUGUAUAUGGUUGAGAGUGUUUUUCUGGGGGGCUUGUUUGAUAGGCAUAGUUGUUCUAUUGUUUGCUCUUGUAGUGCUGACCUACUUUGUAGUUUUACUCCUGUAAGCAGUGAUUUUAGUUGCAUGUGUUGCUCUGGUGGGGAUGUCAUACUGAGUUUGUAAUUCUGGGAAAGGCAUCAGCUUCUUUGCCUGAUAUAGAUGUUUGAUCUUGGUGCACCCCUCUGUUGCCCACUUUUUGGAGUCAAAUGUCAGGAUCACUAUUGCUAGGCAUGAUAUUGGGGCAUCUCCAUCUAUGUCUUCCCCUUCCCCUCCUUUCGUUCAGAGGUCAUCCCAGGUUCUGAGUGUCUGUUGUGUGGUCUGUAGGGGCUUCAUUGUUUGGGGUCAGAGCUGCUGUGGGAUCCAAAAUAAUUCCCCAAGUGUUGGACUUUUUAUCCAGUGGGCCUCUAUCUGGGUCCAUUGUGGUAACUCUCCCCCUGUUGUCGCCCCUUUGAUCGUUGCUAAUUGGGCUGCUUUGCAGUAUGUCUGUAUAUUUGGUAGUCCCAGUCCCCCUUUUGUGAUUCGUCUUUGCAAGAGCAUGGCGGCUACUCUUGGCUGUUGAUUGGCCCAUACAUAGCGGACUAGUAAUUUUUGGAAGGAGGAUAAGUAUGUGUUUGGGAGCGUAAUAGGAAGGGUGCACAGUAGAUACUGGAAUUUUGGGAGCAGCAUCAUCUUGAUUGCUGCCACCCUUCCCACCCAUGAUAGAUAUUUCCCCUCCCAAGACUAGCGUGGCAGCCAUUUCUUUCUUUAGUCUGUUGUAGUUUAGGUCUAGGAGCUGUUCUGUGUGAGGUGGGAUGCGUAUUCCUAGGUAUGUCAAGUGGUCUUUUCGCCAGUCAAAGGGGAAGGCGUCUUUGAGUCUGCUGAUUGUUUCCCCCGGUAUUCCCAAUCCCAUAGCUUGUGUCUUUGUGAUGUUUAGUUUGUAGUAGAAGUGUUGUCCGUAUUCUGUGAUUGUGGCCAUCAGGUUAGGAAGUGAUAUGUGCGGUUGUGUCAGGGUUAGAAGGAUGUCGUCUGCGAAUAGGCUUGUCUUGUAUUCCCUAUCCCCUAUCUUCACCCCAUGUAUUGAGGAGUGUUGUCUAAUGGCUGUCAAAAUGGUUCCAAGGCCAUGACAUAUAGUAGCGACGAUAGGGGGCAUCCCUGGUGGGAGCCAUUUGAGAUGGUAAAGGGGUCCGAAACAAAUCCCGCUUUUAUGACUCGUGCUGUUGGUGCGUUAUAUAAGGCCCUAACCGCUGAGAGAAAACCCCACAGUGUCCUAAACUUUAGGAGGACCUUCUCAAGGAAUUCCCAUCCCAGCCGGUCGAAGGCCUUUUCGGCGUCCAAUGACACCAUUACACCUCCCACCUUCAUGCGAUGGAUACUGUGGAUGAUAUUUAACACCUUCCUGGAAUUGUCUCCACCCUACCUGUUUUUUAUAAACCCCACUUGAUCUUUGUGUAUGAUGUGGGGGAGCAUGCUACCAAGGAGUAGUGCGUAAAUUUUUGCGAAAAAUUUGGCGUGUGUUUAACAGGGAUAUGGGGCGGAAAUUUUGCAGGCAUGUGGGUGUCUUGCCUGGUUUUAGGAGCGUUAUAAUAUGGGCCAGUAGGGCCUCGGUGGGCAAUCGUUGUUGUCUGGUGGCUUCGUUGAAUGUGUCAGUCAGGUGUGGUUUUAGGAUAUUAGCAAACUGCUUGUAGUAGCAGUUUGCAAAGCCAUCCGGGCCCGGUGCUUUACCCGUCGGUAGGAGUUUUAUAGCCACUGCUACUUCUGUGUCUGUGAUGGUGGCUGUGAGUUCCUGUUGUUGUUGUGGUGUGAACGUGGGUAGGGGAAUCGCGUCCAGAUAUGUCUGUAUGUCUUGUGGAUGCGGUGUUUGUGCGUCACUCGCAAGGUUGUAAAGCGAGGUGUAGUAAUGAGCAAAGACGUUGCUUAUGUCUUUGGGCGCUGUUACUUUGUGCCUCUCAGUCAAGGUUAGGUAGGCUAUUUUUUGUUUUAUCAGUAGCCCCCUGAUUACCGAUUUGUGUGCUUGCCAGAUUGUGUUGUGUGAGGUAUCUCCUGUUUUGUUCUCCGUGAAGUAGUGGUUAAGUUCUGUUUCUAUGUCUUUCAUGAAGGCUUUGUUUGUGAGGAGGGAGGUAUUCAGUCUCCAGGGGCUUCUGUGUGUGUAGUCAUAUAUGUCUGUCAACGCCACUACUACUGGGGCGUGGUCUGACCAAGUGAUUUGUUCUAUUGAACAUUCUUUAACCUGCGCCAGAUGUUGGCCUGUUAUUAGUAUACCGUCAAUUCGCGAGUAGGUAUUGUGCACUGUGGACAGGAAGGUUUUUGCUCCUCUCUCCUACGUGCAAAGCUCGCCAUACAUCAUAGUAGUGGUGGUCGUGGAGUAGCUUUUGCAUUGCCCUUCUCUGUCACUUGAGUGGUCUCAUUCUGCUGGUCAUGUGUGGUAGCGUGGUGUCUACCAUUGGAUUUAGCACAUGAUUUAGGUCGCCACAUAUUACCCCUAUCCCUUGUUUCAUGGUGGAUAAUUUCUUAAGUACACUGUGGAGAAAGUUUCUUUGUUCCCUGUUGGGUGCAUAGAUAUUUGUGAUAGUGUACAUAACGUCAUUGAAGGUCCCCACUACUAUGACAUACCGUCCCUCUGUGUCUACCUCCACCUGCAUGAGGGUAAAUGCCAUAUCUUUACUGAUGAGUAUGGAGGUGCCCUUGGAUUUUCUGGAGUGUGUGGCGUGGUAUUGGUGGGGGUAAUCCUGUAGAAAUAUGGGUGAGUAUGCUUUGGUUUUAAAGUGUGUUUCUUGAAGACACACCACUUCAGGGUGUAGCUGUUUUAUGUCUUUGCGAAGCAGGCUCCGCUUCACUGGGUGAUUAAGGCCCUUAGUGUUAUGGGAGUAUAUUUUCAUGGGGGGUCAUAUCCUUGGUUUUUAAGCAGUUGUAGUGUUGUUGUGUCUUUCAGUGGAAGAGCCACCCUUCCCAGCAUGUUCGAACCGGAUGGCAUCUCCCUUUUUUGUGCCAUGUGUGGGCUGUUGCCCCCUAUGUGUGUGGGUUCACCAAGUGUUGUGGUAAUAUGGAGAAUUUCUUGUGUGUGAACAUGGAAAAUAAACAUUUUAACUAAAACGAUAGUAACUAAAGAAUGUGCCAUGGUUUUGGCCUUGCGCCCUUCAUAGGCGCUUCGGGGUAGGAAGCGUUGUGCUUCCAUGCCUAUCCGUAGCGGUCAAUUGGCCUGGAUGUGUAAUGUUCAUUCGCUGUUCACCCCUCCUUUCACAAUGUCUAUACUGUGUUUGACCGUGUGGCUAGGGUUUUUUGGUUGGGUGCCCCUGGGGUCCUUGAGUUAAUCUGGGUCGGUGCUGAAGUAUCUUAAAGUCAGUUCUAUAGCUUGGCAGACCUGGUCCCCCAUUUUGGGUGCCCCCCCAUUGUAGUGUUGGUCCCAGUGUCUCUGUGUGGUACUUGCCAUAGUCUUGUGGUUUUUGCUGUGCUACUUAUCUGUUCCUUGCAGCUUUCUUGCACUCGGGGUUUAGUUCAGCAGGUCUUGCCACUUUGGGUUGCAUCUUUGGGGUGUUGGCAGGCCCCAGUCUCUUAGGGCCUGUAUACCGGCCUCCGGUGUCGUGAUGGCUGUGAUCUUGCCUUCGUGUGUGACCAACAGUUUGACCGGGAAUCGCCACCUGUACAGCUUCUUGUGUUGUCUCAAUUGUUCUGUGAUGGAGGCAAAGGUUUUCCUUUUCUUCAGUGUCGCUGCUGAUAUGUCUGCAUAUAUUGUUACUCCCUGGUAUGGUGCUGGGAGAUCUAGGUGCUGUCUGCUUGCUCUCAUUAACUCUUCUUUGACGUGAAAGUAAUGGAGUCUCAACAGGGUGUCGCGUGGUGCGUCCGAUGUGAGGAAUCUUGGUUUGGGGACCCUGUGGUACCGGUCCAGCAACAGCAUGUCCUGGUGCUUGAACAGACCUUGUAGGUAUGCGUGCAGGUCCGCUGUGCUCACUGAUUCCGCCACCCCUCUCAGCCUUAGAUUAUUGCGCCUGGUGCGGUCCUCCAUAUCAGCUAGCUUAUUUUCAAAGGUUACCAUUUUGUCAUGCAUGUCUUCUACUUCAGCUCUCAUGACAUUGUAUGCCUCUGCGUGGUCCGCCAUUUUGUCUUGAAAUGUGGAAGUGCGUGAUCCCAGAUCCCUUAUUUCUGCUUUGAUUUAAUUCAGGGAUGUUUGGAGAGUGAGUUGCAGUUUGUGGUGCAUUUCGUCUAGCAUUUUUUGUAUUAUGCCUGAUGUUGCUGGGGCAUCUAUGGUGGUUGUACCUUGCAGGUCAGUGUGUUCCUCGCGGGUGCCAUCUUGAGAGUCCUCGGUCAUUGCCGCGGAUUUCGUGUGGGUAUUCCGGGCUGCAAAAAAGUUAUUCUUGUUGCUCCUUUCUGUUUGUCUUCUGCCCUUUUGUUGGGACAUGGCUCCGGUCGCUGUGUAUUCCCUCGGGGUGCUCAUUUCGCUGUUAAAAGGAGCUACUCUGACAUGCGGCCGCUACUCUGGGGUUCCAGGCCACGCCCCGUUCAUGGGGCUAUAUCUUAAUUAUGGAAUAAUAGUUUUAAAAAAAAAAACAUUAUAACAAUCUACUUCUCCCUUAUUUUCCUAAGCAAAUUCAUGCUUCCAGGGCCCCUGCCUAACCCCUGGGUCCUAUGUGGCCCUCUAAUUUCACCUUAACGCUAAUCAAUCAAUGAUUUUGAGAUUAUUAGUGCAAGUAAUUCUGUUACGUUGUUUCUGUUUAAUUUUUAGUAUUAAACAAAUACCUCAAAACAGCACAAUUUCUAAGUAAUAGUAGUAGUAAAAAGAAGAUUCUUAUUCAUAAAAUAGCACAUUUGGCACAGCAAGUGGUGAGAUCCUGAGAACCAAUUUUAAAAAAAAAUAUCCUAUUUCACAGAUAUGAUGAUAAUUUGUUCCAUCUCCACUAUUUGUACAUUUUGUAAAAGUCAGUUCUCAUUGUUUAGUGAAUAGUAGAAUAAAGUCACUUAGAUACACCCCAAUAAUAUUGGGGAGGUUUUUGGGGGUUUUUUUUUUUCUAUUUAUUUUUUCUGAGAACAUUAGAACAUGGUGCACGAACGGAACAUUCUAAAGCUGUUUUGGUAUUUCAGUGGGAUGACAGAUUCUGCAAAUCCUUGGCAGCUGCCAGGGGUAAGCUGUUCAGUAUAUGAGGGUGGAGAAUGUGACACCUGUUCUAGAGAGGGGGGCGGCAUCUGAGUAUAUGUGUUAUACGUGUGCUGUCUGUAUGAAAUAUGUUAUAUGUAUGUCCCGGAGAAAUAAAAAACCAAGGGCACAGCCAGUGAGCCUCUUUGAAAUGGCAAUGAGGACACUCUGUCCCUGUUCUAACACAAAUUCAAAACUUGAGGGAUAAAGAACAUCAGGCAGACUGAUGGGAAAAUGUUUUGGGAUAAAAACUGAAGUAAUCUAAAGGAAUAUGAAUAUAUCUUGGGAAACGAAAUAUUUCUCAAUGCCACCCCUCACUCACUUAUUGACUACACUUAAUGCUAAUUAGGAUGAACGGGGCAGGAAUACAAAUCAAUAGCUCAGGGUUUAUUCACUAAAGCUGUGGGAACUGUGCAGGAGCAACAAGGGAAUUGCAAUUUUUAGGCCAAAAUCUGUAAUUCCCUUGUCAAUUUUGAACAGUUACGGGUUCUCUGAAUAAACUCCUUGUGCUGUUCUACUAAAAGUUACUUUGUGCUCAGCUUUGAUAUUUUGUGAACAGGAGCAGAAUAGUUUGUUUUUUUACUGCAAUUAAAAUCUCUGCCCAGGCCCAAGCAAGCAAGCACUGACAAUGGAGAAUGAAUUGUUAGUGUGGGAACAUUGCAGCGUGGAAUCAGGUUAUACCCCCAUAUACGUAAUUCACUACUAUCAGAAAAAGCAGUUAUGUCACUGUUUCUUUAUUAUGUCUGGGUUUAUAGCUCGUUCACACCCAAGCACCAUACUUACAGUACUUUCUAUUGAUCAGAAACUACACAUUACCCGAAUAAACAAUGUGUACAACAAAAUGAUGGUUCUACAGAGAACUUUCACAGAGAAAUUCAGAGCUUUGUGUUAAACUUUUAAAUGUCACCUACAUCACUGGAUACCUUCAUCCCCUUAAGCUCAAAAUUUGGUAUAGGGCAACAUGUGUAAAGAAACAAAAAAUGUAUAUACAUAUAAAUACAGACAGACAGACAGAUAAUAUAUUUAGUCAAAUAUACUGAAAUGUAUGUAUAAACAAGUGGUGGAAGGGUAGCAGCGCCUUGGUGGGGUCCCCAGGUUAAAAUCAAUAUGCAAGAUAAAAGAAACAAGAGGCUCACAAUGGUAUAGUAUAUAUUUGUAGUUGAUAGAAGAAUAAAGAAAAGCACUUUCAAUUUUCUGGAGCUUCUAAAUAGCUCCAUUAUAUCGCCUGGGCAGUAUGAUCCUCACCUGUGGAUAUACGCAUAGUCCUGGUCUGGUCAGAUCUUGGGCUAGUAGCCAGCAAAAGGAGUGUGAUAGUUCGGUCCCAAAAGACGUGAGGAGAAGUUCUUAUUUGUAAGUGAGAUAGCAGCUAGUCACUGAUAUGUAAUAUGCGGAGAAUAAAACAAAAUAUAAUGUACUGUAAUAAAAGAUGAUAAAAAUAAUAAAAGGAGAGGUACUCACAAAGAGGGAGCAAAGAUUGGCUUUGUUCAAUCCUUCUGGCAUAGGUGAUAUGUUCCCCACCAAGGAUUUAAAAGAGAGUGUUCCUCUGGAUAAAAUCAUCUAAAAAACAACUGGAGGGUCCAAUGUAAGUAUAAAGUAGCAACCUUUAAUAGAAAUAAAGCAUAUAAAUAAGAUACACUAACGCGUUUCACCUAGCAGUAGGCUUUUUCAAAGUAGGGGAUCUUCAUGCUAAGAACUGAGCAUUGAAACUGCAGGUUCAUAAUCUAUACACCAUAACUGCUUUAAUAAGAUAAUGCUGUUUUGGUGCUUACAGUAUUUGCAACAUGUCACUAGGCUUCACUAAGGACAAAUGUAAAUGCAAGAGUCCUGAUAUGGUAGGCUUUGUAAUAUAAUUUAGGAAGAAAAGAUUCAGAUGGUUCAGAUAGCUUGAGCUGGCCCCUUUGAGAUGUUCCAUAUGAUGUAUACAUGCACUGAUCAGUCACAACUUUAAAACCAGUGACAGGAGAAGUGAAUAACAUUGAUUUUAUCGUUACAAUGGCACCUGUCACAGGGUGGGAUAUAUCAGGCAGCAAUUAAACAAUUCCACAUGUUGGAAGCAGACAAAAUGGGCAAACGAAAAUAUCUGAGUGACAUUAACAAGUCCACAUAGUGAUGGCUAGAUGACUGGGUCAGGGCACCUCCAAUACAGCAAUUCUUGUGAGGUGUUCCCGGUAUGCAGUGGUUAGUGCCUACCAAAAGUAAUACAAGGCAGGAAAACCAGUGAUCUGGCAUCAGGGUCAUGGGCACCCAAGGCUCACUGAUGCAUGUGGGGUAUGAAGGUUAGCAUGUCUGGCCAAAUCACACAGGAGAGCUACUGUAGCUCAAAUUUCUGAAUAACAUAAUGAUGGCCAUGCUAGAACGGUAUCAGAACACACAGUGCAUCACAGUUUGCUGCAUAUGAGGCUGCAUAGCCACAAACGGUAAUGGUAACCUCAUAUCCCUAUUUUAUCAUGGACCAACACUUGACUAGAGCUAGACAUGUUCUACACACACCUGAAGGAUGCCAGAGAUAAGAUGGAAGAAUUAUACCCAGAUACCCAAAAUAUUAUUUCUUCUGUAAUUUAUCUAUUCAUUACUUUGACGUUUAGAAAAUCCAUUUGUAUCAGUAAGUCAGCAUCUACAUCUGGGCAUCCAACACCAAUAAACCUAGUUGCAAACACAAUUGACAAUUCAACCAUCUGUCCUUAUCUUUAGACAAAGCUAAUAACCAAGAUAUACCAGCUGUGUAAAACCCGUUCAAAUAAAUUAGCACAUUAGGUUAUUUUUUAUUUAGAUGUAAGAUAAUACUAAAAUAUGUUAUUAGUAUAUACCGAGUUUAAAUUGCAAUUUAUUAUUUUAAUGGGGGGCAUACUUUUCGCUUAUGACAGAAAAUGAAAGGAAAUACAAACUCUGAGACAUAGGCAUUUACAUGGUGUGAGACCAGCUGCCAAUGAUUUGAGAUCUGCACUAUUAUUUCCUCACUUCUGCUCCCUACGUGCAGUCAGAGGACCUACAGCUUCUCCUACAGGAAAGAAAGAUCUGAGUGACUUUGACAAGGUCCAAGUGACAAGUGAUGGCCAGAUGACCGGGCCAGAUCACCUCAAAAAGGGCACGUCUUGUGGGGUGAUCCCAGUAUGUAGUGGCUAGUAUCUAUCAAAAGUGAAUCAGGAAACGCAACCAGUGAACUGUUAUCAGGGUCUUGGGCGGCCAAGGCUCAUUGACGAACAUGGGGAGCGAAGGCAAGCCCGCCUGGUACAAUCACACAGGAGAGCUACUGUAGCUCAAAAACGUAAUGCUGGCCAUGAUAGAAAGGUGUCAGAACAUGCAGUGCAUCACAGUUUGCUGUGUAUGGGUCUGCAUAGCAACAGACCAGACAGAGCGUCCAAGAUUACUCCUGUCCACAGCUGAAAAUGACUUCAAUUGUGAUUUGAGCAUUAGAAAAUUACUAUGGAGCAAUGGAAGAAGGUUGCCUGGUCAUGUUUUCUUUUUGAAUGAGUGGACGGCCAGGUGCGUAUAUGUCAUUUACCUGAGGAAGAGAUGGCAUCAGGAUACACCAUGGGAAGAAGGAAGGCCGUGGAGGCAGUGUUAUGAUGUGGGCAAUGGUUGCUUGGAAACCUUGGGUCCUGGAAUUCAUGUGGAUGUUACUUUGACACAUACCACCUACCUAGAGAGUGUUGCACACCACAUACACUCAUUCAUGGCAAUGAUGUUCCUUGAUGGCAGUGGACUCUUUCAACAGGAUAAUGCACCCUGAUACACUGCAAAAAUUAUUCAGGAAUGGUUUGAGGAACAUGACAAAGAGUUCAAGGUGUUGCUUUGACCUCCAAUUGAUUUGACCAUCUGUGGGAUGGGCUGGAACAACAAAUCUGAUCCAUGGAGGACACACCUCGAAACUUGCAGGACUUAAAGGAUCUGCUGCUAAUGUCCUGGUGCCAUAUACCACAGGACACAUUUAGACAUCUUGUGGAGUUCAUGCCUCAACAGGCUGCUGUUUUGGAAGCAUGAGGGGAAACAACAUGGUAUUAGGCAGAUUAAUUUAAUGUUGUGGCUAUAUAUAUAUAUUAUAUUGUCAGAGUAAAAUUAUUUUGAUAUACAUGCAUCUAUCUAAAAUGGAUCUAUAUAAAAUGAGUAUUGUUAGCUUACACAAAUUUUAAUAAAUAAGGGUACUACGAUUAAGACUAUUCUAUAUAAAAAAAAAAAUUAAAAAACAUAUCCACUAAACAGAAAUUAUUUAAAAAAAAUAAAAAAUGUGAACCAGUAAAGGUAUGCUCUUAUCUGCUGUCAAACAAUUUGAAAACAUAAUAGCAAUGCAUUGCAAGGAUUGGUAAACCACUGCCUCCAUCCUGACAAUACACUCUUAUUUUUCCACAAUAGUUAUCCUGCACAAAGACACCUGUAGUACAAUUGCUAUAUGCUGUUAUAAUGAUUGUGUCUGGUGAAACUCUAGUUUUACUGCUCUGCAUAAUCAUACUUGUUCUUUUCUUUGUGAAACAAGCACUGUUUAGUACUUUUAUAGAUUCUAAGAGAUUACUCCAUGCAGGAAGUUCUUUAACAGACUAGGACUCAGCGUGCUUUGCUGGCAGGAGAACAGUUAAUAUGGAAUAACACCCACUGAUUUAUUUUUAUUUUAGUAAAAUUAUAGACCCAUUCUCAAACACAUAUUAUGAGAUGAAAUACAAUUCCGAAUCAUAGGGAAUUAAUUUCUGCAAAAGUGGGAACAGGUGUACUUAGUUUAAUGACGUAUAUAUAGAAAUUGUACUUUAAAUGAAUGUAACUGUUUUAAUGUUGUUCUUUUUUUUUUUUUAUUACAUGCCAUUUGAUUUUGUUUUAGUUGUGUUAUCCUAAUACAGGUUUUCGAUUUCAAGCCCAUCAUCGAGUAAACCUUGCAAGAGUAUUAAAUAUUAAAUUGAAAAGCAAAUUGUGGUUUCCUGAUAUCCUAAUUUUUUUAUAGUUAACGGGAAAACUGUCAGUUCUCUAGAAUUUACACCACUAAACAAAACAUUACCGAUAACUUGUGUUACUGUUUCUUUUAUGAUGCUCUGUUUUCUUUUAAAUAUAUAGUAGAGAUUUAAAGGGCAUUAUGAUCCAGUCUGUAUGCGUGUUAUAUACUGACUGUCAGUCAAUGAAAAUCCAGAACGUAUUGGGGACUCCCAGGAAAUCAUUGUACGACAAGAGCGAAAGACCCAUUGUUAUGCAAUUCAUCACUGUUAGUAUGUUUCUGAUGGAAAGUACCAUCUCCUUAUUUAAUUUACUUGUCAGUUCAUACCCAAUGGCGUACAUGCCAGGGUCGCAGGGGUCGCGACUGCGACCGGGCCCGGCCCACCAGGGGGCCCGGCCGCCCCUGCGACCCGGUAUGUACCCACAGGGCCAGCCUCUUCUCCUGGGGGACCCAGGAACCGGCCACCUCAGGCCCCCCCCGAGGCUGGCCCUGCUGACCCCGGCGGGCGGGCGGGCUGGGUGGCCGGUGCGCGAGGGAGCACUCUGCUCUGAGUGCUUCCUCUUCAGCUCCCUCGCGCACCGCACUGAUACCGGAGCCGGAAGAUGACGUCAUCUUCCGGUGCUGGCAUCCCUAUGUGGUGCGCGAGGGAGUUGAAGAGGAAACACUCAGAGCAGAGUGCUCCCUCACGUGCCGGACAGCCAGCCCGCCCGCCCGCCGGGGUCAGCAGCACCACUGGACCCCAGGGAAUCCCCCCAGCACUCCAAAAGGUAAGGAGGCUGGGGGGAUUAAAUAAAAAAAAAAAUGUGUGUAUGUGUUAGUGUGUGUGUGUUUGUGUUAGUGUGUGUGUUAGUGUGUGUGUUUGUGUUAGUGUGUGUGUUAGUGUGUGUUAGUGUGUUAGUGUGUGUGUUUGUGUGUUUGUGUUAGUGUGUGUGUGUUAGUGUGUGUGUUUGUGUGUUUGUGUUAGUGUGUGUGUUAGUGUGUGUGUUUGUUAGUGUGUGUGUUAGUGUGUUAGUGUGUGUGUUAGUGUGUGUGUUAGUGUGUGUGUGUGUUUGUGUGUGUGUUAGUGUUUGUUUGUGUUAGUGUGUGUGUCAGUGAGUGUGUCUGUUAUUGGGUGUGUGUCUGCUAGUGAGUGUGUUACUGUGUGUGUCUGUUACUGAGUGUGUUUGAUGUCUGUUAGUGAGUGUGUGUCAGUGAAAGUGUAUGUUUUGUAAGUGAGUGUGUAUGUAUGUCUGUCGCUGAGUGUGUCUCUGUCAGUAAAUGUGUGUGUCUGUUAGCUAGUGUGUAUGCGUCUGUUCGUGAGAGUGUGUGUGUGUCUUCAGCAUUUACCUUUCUCCAGCCGACUCCCAGUGUCCUUCAGUCUGAAUGCACAUGUGCGCAAGAGGUGCUACCAUAGGAAAGCAUUAAUCAAUGCUUUCCUAUGGACGUUCAGUGUCUUCUCACUGUGAUUUUCACAGUGAGAAUCGCGGAAGCUCCUCUAGCAGCUGUCAAUGAGACAACCACCAGAGGCUGGAUUAACGUCAGUGAAACAUAGCCGUUUCUCUGAAACGGCUAUGUUUUCAGCUGCAGGGUUAAAACUAGAGGGACCUGGCACCCAGACCACUUCAUUGAGCUGAUGUGAUCUGGGUGUCUGUAGUGGUCCUUUAAGUAUGUGUGCAUACCGCAGUCACAGGGUUGCAGCCCUGCAACCCCUGCGACCAGGUGCCCGCCGCCAUGUGUUGCGGCCCUGACCCGCGCCGAGUAAGCGCGGGGGGGGCCCACGGAUAAAUUUUCACACCGGGGCGCCAUGGGUCAUGUGUACUCCACUGUUCAUACCUAUUUGUGCUUUCCAGUUUUAUAUAGCCUAUAACAUACCGGUAACUGUCAUGACUGCUUGUUUGUCUGGACUGUAUAGGUAAGGGUACUAAUAUAUGAAAAAUAACAAGCAUUAUAUUUGAUUUAUGUGUGAGUGUAUAGCACAGACGUGGCUCCUGGCACCUAAGAAUCAAGGCCCUAAAGAGGACCAGCAGGAUGAAGAUGGACAGCUUGAGAUAUGAAAAACUUAACUUCACCUGCACCCCACAGCCACCAGUUCCAUACUGCAUCGGUCACUUUUGGGGUUCUUUGCAAAAUAUGCAAAGACCCUUAAAAGUGACAGAUCCACUUUAGCUAUCAGAUAAGAGAAACAAAUGUAUUUUACAGAGUUAAAUAUCAUCAUAGCUUGUACAAGCAGACUUGAUUAAAGUGCACAUAUAUAAAAAUUAAAUUAAAUAGAACUUUAACCCACUGUCUAAAGCACUCUCCUGGUGCUCCUCCUACCUCUCCCAGUGCUCUUUCAGUGUUUCUUUCUCUGGCUUUGCUUCUUCUCCCCAACUCCUCUCUGUUAGUGUCCCCCAGGGUUCAGUCCGUGGUCCCCUACUGUUCUCCAUCUAUACUGCCUCCCUUGGUAAACUCAUUAGCUCCUUUGGCUUCCAAUAUCAUUUCUAUGCAGAUGACACGCAAAUCUACCUGUCCUCUCCUGAUCUCUCCCCGUCCUUCUUGACUAGUGUCUCUAACUGCCUCUCUGCUGUUUCUAACUGGAUGGCUGCCCACUUCCUUAAACUAAACUUGACCAAAACUGAAAUUCUGGUCUUUCCUCCCUCAAGUGUUGUUACUCCUGUGUCUGUCUCCCUCCAAGUCAAUGGUGCUACCAUCAGCUCCACCACGCAGGCUCGCUGCCUAGGUGUUCUCUUUGACUCCUUGAACUAAACUUGACCAAAACUGAACUUCUGGUCUUUCCUCCCUCAACUGUUGUUACUCCUGUGUCUGUCUCCCUCCAAGUCAACGGUGCUACCAUCAGCUCCACCACGCAGGCUCGCUGCCUAGGUGUUCUCUUUGACUCCGACCUCUCCUUCAAGCCUCAUGUUCAAUCUAUCGCCAAAUCCUGUCAUUUCCAUCUCAAAAACAUUGCGCGCAUCCGCCCCUACUUAACCCCAGAUGCGACUAAGGUGUUGGUCCAUUCCACUGUCCUCUUACUUGUGACUACUGUAAUCCGCUUCCUCAGUGGUCUUCGUGCUCCCAACCAGCGCAUUACAGUCCAUAAUGAAUGCAGCGGCGAGGCUCAUCUUCCUGUCCGCCUGCACCUCCCAUGCCUCACCCUUCUGUCAGUCCCUACAUUGGCUUCCUAUAAAAUAUAGAGGUCAAUUUAAAAUUCUGGUUCUUGCUUUCAAAUCUCUACAUAAUGCUGCUCCCACUUAUCUAUCCUCCCUUAUACACAAGCAUGUCCCGUCUAGGCCCUUAGAUCUGCUGAAGACUUACGUCUAUCUUCAGCUAUCCGUACUCCCACCUCUGAUGCUCGCCUUCAAGAUUUCUCAAGGGCUGCACUGUUCCUGUGGAACUCGCUUCCCUCCUCCGUUAGAUGCUCACCCAGUCUCCACUCCUUCAAAAAAUCGUUAAAAAGCCACUUCUUCAUAAAAGCGUAUCAAUUAAACUGUUAAUAGCUCCUGACUGAUUCCUCUUCUGCAACUGUCACUAGUCUAAUACUAUCCUUACCUUUUUGUGUCAUUUUACCCCACUCCCUCUGGCAUGUAAGCUCAUUGAGAAGGGCCCUCAACCCCUCUGUUUCUGUGUGUCCAACUUGUCUGGUUACAACUACAUGCCUGUUCGUCCACCCAUUGUAAAGCGCUGCGGAAUAUGACGGCGCUCUAUAAAUAUCAUAAUAAUAAUAAUAAUAAUUUCAAAUGUUUUUCAAAAUAUUUAGUUUGAUACGUAUUUGAUUGCAAUAUGCCUUUAUGCCUUUAUAUGCAGAAACAUAAUAAAAUAUACCAGGCUGAUUUUUUUUGUCAAAAUGCAUAUUGUCAAGCAUGACUAAAAUCCACACAGUCAUUGAAUAUAUCGAGCUAGGACACCUCCAGAAUUUCAUCUUCAGUUGCCUCCAACCAAAGCUCACUGACAAUAAGCCAUAUGCCACAGCAAAUAUUAUUGAUGUCAACAGUAAUUAUAAUGUCCAAUAGAGGAUACACCUACUGAAUAAUUAAAAAAUGUAUAUGCAUUUUGUCAGUUUGUAUGAUGUGAUCAUAUGCUCAUAUUCCUUGAGAUAAGAAAGGAUAUUUCAACAUUUGAAAAAAAAAAUGUAUUUUUUCAAACAGUAGAUUGCAAGAUAGAGCAAUUAAACACAGAUUUAAAAAAUAAAUACAUAAUUUCCGAUUAAUUAAACGCAGUAUUAUAUUAUAACCAGAGCUCAUCAUUAAAUAUUAGAAUAGAUCAACAGUUUAUAAUUGUGGCAAAAGCGGACACAUGUAACCAUGAGGUGAACCACAAAUCCAGAGCAUCCACCCCUUAUUCUGUGAACACAAACAGGGUUAUUUACUAAAUACCAGAUUUUGUCCAGUUCAAAUUCCAGCUGAAGUCCAGAUCAAAUUCAGGCCCGUUCAAAGCCUGAAUUGCAAAAUUCACACAUUACUAAACAGUAUGAACAAUGUCCAGAUAUUGCAGUCCAAAUGCCCCGUAUGCAGCCAGAUGUUUUUGCCCCAUUCAGUACAAUGCCAUUCGGUCUUUAUUAAAGGACCACUAUAGUGUCAGGAAAACGAGUAUGCCCCCACCCUCAGGGCCCCCCUCCCGCAGGGUUUUGGGGGGGUGGAAGGGGUUAAACUUACCUCUUUCUCCAGCGCCGGGCGGGGAGCUCUCCUCCUCCUCUCCGCCUCCUCUCCUCAUCUUCGGCUGAAUGCACAUCCGCGGCAGGAGCCGCACGCGCCUUCAGCCAGUCCAUAGGAAAGCAUUCACAAUGCUUUCCUAUGGACGCUGGCGUCUUCUCACUGUGAUUUUCACAGUGAGAAGCACGCAAACGCCUCUAGCGGCUGUCAAGAGACAGCCACUAGAAGCUGGAUUAACCCAUUUAUAAACAUAGCAGUUUCUCUGAAACUGCUAUGUUUAUAAAAAAAAGGGUUAACCCUAGCUGGACCAGGCACCCAGACCACCUCAUUAAGCUGAAGUGGUCUGGGUGCCUAUAGUGGUCCUUUAAAUAACUUUUUCAUGCUUCCUGUUGAAAAAGUUCAGUUUGAAAGCAUUUACUACUACAUAAAUGGUAGAAGAUAUGAGAAAAGACUGAUAUAUACUGGUAAAGUCUCUAUGGAAUUCAUAGGAUCUAUAACCCUUCAACAACGAAAGCAUUAAAUUGCACGUUAUUUCUUGGUGUCAACUGCUCAUUUUAAAUGCUAAAAAUAUUCACUAUGAAUAAGAAUGAACCUUUUAACAGUGAGUAGGAUGUUAGUGAAAGACAUGUUAUCACUUUUCACUUGCACAGUGAUUUAUCAAGAAUGUGAUUUAUAAAAAUGGCUGAGGUUCUUUCUCCCCACCCACUUAUAAAAUUUCCCAUGCCUGUCUUCCAGAGAAGAUCUAUAUAUGAGGACAUUGUUAUGCCCCCCUAUGACCCUUUCCCAGCCAUUUACUUGACUUCCUGAUUCUUUCCCAGACAGCUUUAAUGAUGCUAUUUUUCUGAGUAAGUUUCGUAUUUAAUCCUUUCUAUCUGGAGUUGAUUCUCAGGAGCAAUCUUUGCCCAUGGUUGCUAUCGGUGGAAUGAAACGCUUGUCAGCAAAAUGUUUAUUUAAAGAAAUAGGCAACUUUGGUUCAUAAAAUACAUAAGUACCAUUUGAUCUGCGCUUGUAUAGUACAUAUAUUACAAGUAGUAUAGUACUUAUAAAUAUAGGAUUAUAUUUAUAGAUAUACAACAUUUAAAAAUAUGUGCGUAUACCAUUUAUUUUCAAAUUAAUUUUAUGUAAUUUUUAUACUAAUUAAUGUAUGACAUAAUCAGCAGAGGAAAUUUGCAGGAUUUGUUUUAAUGGACAUAGAAAUGUUAUGAAAAAUUACCUGUAUGCUGCAUUAAAAUGUUAGUGUUAGUGGUCGACAUGCCACUUUACUAUCCUUCCAAACCACCAAACGAGUCUUUAUUCGGUGGCUACAUACCGUAAUCAACUACUAGAAACAAACUCACUUUCUCUGUCGUUGUUCUUCUCCUGUAAUGUUGCUAAAUUUAAUUCCACUAUUAUUAUUGCUUUGUUGGUUUCCUUUGAUUCUCAUACCAUUAAAUAAGAAUUGACAAACAAAUCCACGCAGUUCUAACACAAUUAACACAAUUAUCAAGAUAUACAAAUUAUAAAGUGUGUACUAUCAUCCCAAUAGCAGCAAAGGUUCUGUUAUGCAUUGGAUAGAUUAUAAUAUUUUUUUCUGUGAUGCAAGUUUUACAAGAAAGUGUACAGACCCGUUUAUCUCGAGGCUGUACCACUAAUGUGAAUGGAUGUAGUGUAAGUUGUAGUUGAUGUGUUCAUUAUUUCAGAAAUUAAGAGGUGGCGUCUUCUGCAUGUAAGCAAUGUCUGACGACACAUCACACGAGGACACAUGAUAUUGGCCAGAUAUAGACAUUAAACCAUAUUAUUAACAUAAAAGAGCAACAUAGCACAGCUUCUCACAAUACAUUAGUAACACAUAUGAACACAACAUGUAAGAAUCUGAUGCUACGCUCCUAGGAUGGAGGCAAUUAAGAAAAAUUAUUUUGACCUCUGCUGUGUUAUUAACCUUCAUUCCGUGGAUACAAAAUGGAGGCAGCAUUGACGGUAGCUGUAGGUUCUCUGAUACAUACUGUUAUGUACAUGACACUUCACGUGGAGUGCAGGAGUGGAGAAAACAUAGUGCUUGAUCGUUAUUGGGUGGUUUUGGUGAUGGCUCAAAAGUGGUGGAUUGCACUGCUUAUUAAAAUGCACUGCAGCUUAAAUGAAACUAUGGCAUGAUGUAUAUCCUACAUCAAUUAGUUAAAAAAAAUUCCUCCCAAACAUCUUCACCAGACCUAACCAUAACAAAUUGGUUUUACAUGCUUUCUGUUGUCAUGGCAAUAUCGUGAAAAAGUAAGAAAAAGUUUAUGUAAAGUCACAACAUUGAAAGAGACUGAUUUACUGAAAUCUGUGUUGUUAGCAUUCCAUAACUGUUAUAUUGUCUUAACAUUUUUUGUGACCAUCUGUUUUCUUUUUUUUAAAGGUGCCAGAAACAAAGAAACUGUGAAGUAACUCCAAUGCAAAUGAUAAGAAGUUUUAGACUGAUGAAUUCGGAAUCUGAGGUGUGA